AUUGACAUUUAUAGAACACUCCAUGCAACAACUGCAAAAAACACAUUCAUUUCAAAUGCACAGUGAGUAUUUACCAAGACAGACUAUACUCUGGGCCACAGAACCAGUGUCAAUAAGUUUAAAAUUAUUAAUACUGUACGAAGUAUCUUCUCUGAUCACAAUGAGAUUAAAUCAGAAAUCAGUAACAGGCAGCUAUCCGGAAAACUCCUCCACAUUUGCAGAUCAACACUUACAAAAAACCCAUGGUCAAAAAAAGAAAGCAAUAGGGAAAUUACAAAGUAUUUUGAAAUGAAGGAAAACGAAAAUACAAUAUAUCAAAAUAUGUGGAACGUAGCUAAAACAGUAUAGAGGGACACUUAUCACACCAAAUGCCUGUAGAAACAAGAGACAUCUAAAAUUAGUGGUCAUUAGUUUCUGAGUUAAGAAACUAGAGAAAACAAGAAAUUUAAAAAUUAAAAAACAGCAGAAUAAAGGAAACAAUAAACAUAAGAGCAGAUAUCAAUAAAAUAGAAAACAGAAAACCAGUAGAGAAAAUCCAAGAAAGCAAAAACGGGCUUUGAGAUUUGAGAUCCGUAAACCGAGAAGCCCCUCGCCAGAUUGAUCAGAAAAAAAGAUGACACACAAAUUACCAAUUUUAGAACCUGAGGGGUCAGAUUUUAUAGACAUUAAGUGGACAAUAAAGGAAUACAGCUAACAGAUUUGCAUUAUUAAACAAUUUAGACGUUUCUACAAAUUAUUAAAGCUCACUCAAGAGGCGUUAUCAAUAAAUAUUGGUUGAAUUAGUGAAUACCAGCUAUUACUAUAGGCAAGGCGCUAAGUCCAGGCUUUAGAGAGAAAGAAAGUUUUUUUUUUUUUUGAGACAGAGUCUGGCUCUGUCGCCCAGGCUGGAGUGCAGUGGCACUAUCUCGGCUCACUGCAACCUCCGCCUCCGGGGUUCAAGCGAUUCUCCAGCCUCAGACUUCUGAGUAGCGGGGAUUACAGGCGCGCGCCACCAAGCUCGGCUAAUUUUUGUAUUUUUAGUAAAGAUGGAGUUUCACCAUGUUGGCCAGGCUGGUCUCGAACUCCUGACCUCGUGAUCCGCCCGCCUCGGCCUCCCAAAGUGCUAGGAUUACAGGCGUGAGCCACCGCGUCCGGCCAAAGAAAGCAUUUUCCUUCCAAAGAAGCUCUCAGGUUACUGGAAGGGCAAAAGAACAGAUAAAGUUUAAUGUUGCUCCGGGGGAGAAGAUAAGGGAACACUGGUUAAGAAAGGCUUCUCUGGGGACAAGUCACUCGGCCAACACACGAAGGCCAACACGCAGAAAACAUUUGUUACAGCUAGAACGGCUGCACGUGAGUUCACGCAAGGGGCCCAGAGAUGGCCCUCCGGCGACUGCCUGCUCCACUCCUCUUAGUGCAGUCCUAACCCUUUCCCAACUGGCGCUGGCAGCAGUUUAGAAACUAACUCCUUCCAAAUCCGGCUGUCUUGCGCCUGCGCAUUCAAGCAAAGCGCUCAUAGGCGGGGGGGUGGGAGGGACGCGGCCACCGGAAGUGUGACCUCUCGCUCCCCGCUGCCUAUUCUUAUCCGGGGUCACAUCGAUCUUCCGGGUGUCUUUGACAGGGUUUUCUACGCCGCUUUUUCGGCGACUUUUUGCUCUUCCGCUUUUUGCCACCGCCCCCAACCUUCUAUAUCCUUGCAGCCCCUACCUUUUCUUGUGUUGCUCCUCUCCUGGCAGCUCUGCGAGGGGUUAGAUCUCAGCCGGAGCCGGAGCUGGGCCUAGCUGUCCCACGGGCCACCACUACCUCCUUUGGUUCGGGAGAAAGCUACGACGGAGUACGCCCAGCCGACCCCGCUCGGGCCUUGGAACUUCUGAACGGGCAGUGCGGGUAGACCCUGCUUAGCCCUUUCCGGAGGACACCUGACCAAAAGAGGAAGAUAGUCUUGGGACUCCUGCAUGGUGUUUCAAAGAGUGGUGAAGAACUAAGGUAGAAGAAUACAUGCUCACUUCCAGUGAACAAGAGCAUGUUCCCAAACUCAAUUUUGGGUCGCCCACCCUUCACUCCAAAUCAUCAACAACAUAAUAACUUCUUUACCCUGUCACCUACUGUUUAUUCACACCAGCAGCUUAUAGAUGCACAGUUCAACUUUCAGAAUGCAGACUUGUCUAGAGCUGUGUCAUUACAGCAGCUGACAUAUGGAAAUGUCAGUCCAAUACAGACCUCAGCUUCCCCAUUAUUUCGAGGAAGGAAGAGAUUAAGCGAUGAAAAAAACCUUCCUCUUGACGGUAAACGGCAACGUUUCCAUUCACCCCACCAAGAGCCAACUGUAGUUAACCAGAUUGUGCCUUUAUCAGGUGAACGAAGAUACUCAAUGCCACCAUUGUUUCAUACACAUUAUGUACCAGAUAUAGUCAGAUGUGUUCCACCUUUUCGAGAAAUUCCAUUUUUAGAACCUAGAGAAAUCACACUGCCUGAGGCCAAAGAUAAGUUGAGUCACCAGAUACUGGAGUUAUUUGAAACAUGUCAGCAGCAAAUAAGUGAUUUAAAGAAGAAAGAACUCUGUCGAACACAGCUGCAGAGAGAAAUUCAGCUGUUAUUUCCACAAAGCAGACUUUUUUUGGUUGGGUCCUCUUUAAAUGGAUUUGGUACCCGGAGCAGUGAUGGUGAUUUAUGCCUAGUUGUUAAGGAAGAACCAGUAAAUCAGAAGACUGAAGCACGGCAUAUACUCACCUUAGUCCAUAAACACUUCUGUACUAGACUUUGUAAGUCUGACAUGCCUCAAGUUUGUAUGUCACCUGACAUAACUUUACUUAAAAUGCCUCUUACAUUAUCUUCUGCGGGCUACAUUGAGAGACCUCAGCUGAUUCGAGCAAAAGUGCCAAUUGUGAAGUUCAGGGAUAAAGUCAGUUGCGUGGAGUUUGACUUGAAUGUAAACAAUAUUGUUGGAAUAAGAAACACAUUCCUUCUCAGAACUUAUGCAUACCUUGAAAAUCGAGUUCGUCCGUUAGUGCUGGUGAUUAAGAAGUGGGCAAGUCACCAUCAGAUAAAUGAUGCCAGUCGUGGUACUUUAAGCAGCUAUAGUCUUGUAUUGAUGGUUUUGCACUAUUUACAAACCCUACCUGAACCCAUCCUUCCAUCCCUCCAAAAAAUUUACCCAGUCCUUCAAGAGGUAUUCCAGAAGAAGACGUUGUUAUAUGAAAUGACAGCUCCAUGCAUGAUAUUGUCCCCAAAGAUCUUCCAGUGGGACAUGAUGUGGAGGUGGAAGACAGUGAUAGUGAUGAUCCUGAUACUGUGUGGGCCUAGGCUGAUGUGUAUGUUUGUGCCUGUGUUUUUAACAAAAAAGUUUAAAAGUAAGGAAAAAAAAUUUAAAAUAAAAAAAAUCUUACUGAAUAAGGAUAUAAAGAAAGAAAAUAUUUUUGUAUCGUUGCGCAAUGUGUUUGUAUUUUAAGCUGUAUUGUUACAAAACAGCCUAAAAGUUAAAACGUUUUUAAAAUAAAGUAAGCUAAGGUUAAUUUAUUAUUGAAGAAAGGAAAAUUUUAAAAUAAACUUAGGGUAGCCUAAGUGUACAGUAUUUAUAAAGUCUACAGUAGCGCAUAGUAAUGUUCUAGGCCUUCACAUUCACUCACUACUCACUCAUUGACUCACCCAGCAACUUCUACUUCUGCAAGCCCCACUCAUGGUAAGGGUAUACUGUUUUUUAUCUUUUAUACCAUGUUUUUAGUGUACCUUUUCUAUUUUUAGAUAUGUUUAGAUCCACACAUACUUACCAUUGUGUUACAGUUGCCUACAGUAUUCAGUAUAAUAACAUGCUGUACAGGUUUGUAGCCUGUGCAGACAUACGUUUGAGGUGUUGCAGGUUUGGUUCCAGGCCACUGCAAUAAAGUGAGUCACAUGAAUUUUUUGGUUUCCCAGUGCAUAUAAAAGUUACACUUAACGCUAUCAUGUAGUCUCUUAAGAGUGCAAUAGCAUUGUGUCUAAAAAAUGUACAUACCUUUGUUUAAAAAUUCUUUAUUGCUACACAAUGCUAACGAUCAGCUGAGCCUUCAGCACCAGUUGUGGAGAGUCUUGCUUUGAUAUUGACGGCUCCUGACUGAUCAGAGUGGUGGUUGCUGAAGGUUGUGGUGGCUGUGGCAGUUUCUGAAAAUAAGACAACAGUAAAGUUUGCCACACUGAUUGACCCUUCUUCACAAAAGAUUUCUCUGUAGUGUAUGAUGAUCUUUGCUAGCAUUUUAUGUACAGUAGAACGUCCUUUAAAAUUGAAGUCAGUCCUCUCAAAUCCUGCCACUGCUUUACCAGCUAAGUUUAUGUAACGUUCUAAAUCCUUUAUGCACUUAGAAAUAUUAUCCCUCUUUCACUAAUGAAAAAACUAAGUCUUAGAAAGGUUACGUGGUUGAUCCAAGCAGUACUGGUAUUUUGUUGUCAUUUCAACAAGAUUCAUAGCAUCCUCACCAGGAGUAGAUUCUGUCUCAAGAAACUACUUUUCUUUGCUCAUCCAUAAGAAGCAGAACUUCAUCUGUUAAAGUUUUGUCAUGAAAUUGCAGCAGUUCAGUCAUAUCUUCAGGUUCCACUGCUAAUUCUAAUUAUCUUGCUGUUUCCACAUCUGCAGUUACUUCCUCCACUGAAGUCUUGAACCUCUCAAAGUCAUCCAAAAGGGUUGGCAUUAACUUCUUUUAAACUUCUGUUCAUGUUGAUAUUUUGACCUCCCAUGAAUCAUGAAUGUUCCUAAUGGUAUCUAGAAUGAUGACUCCUUUCCAGAAGGCUUUCAAUGUACUUUGUCCAGAUUCAUUAGUGGAAUCACUAUCUGUGGCAGUUAUAGCCUUGUGAAAUGUAUGUCUUAAAUAAUAAUACUUGAAAAUGAAAAUUACUCCUUGAUCCAUGGGCUGUAGAAUGGAUGUUGUGUUAGCAGGCAUGAAAACAUUAAUCUCUUUGUACAUCUCCCUCAGAGCUCUUUGAUGACUAGGUGCAUUGUCAAUGAGCAGUAGUAGUAGGUCUCAACAGUGGGCUUAAAAUAUUCAGUGUACCAUGCUGUAAAGAGAUGUGUUGUCAUCAAGGCUUUGUUCCAUUUAUAGAGCACUGGCAGAGUAAAUUUAGCACAAUUCUUAAGGGCCCUGGGAUUUUGGAAUGGUACAUAAGCAUUGGCUUCACCUUAAAGUUACCAGCUGCAUUAGCCCCUAACAGGAGUCAGCUUGUCCUUUGAAACCUUGAAGCCAGGCAUUGAUGUCUCUUCUGUAGCUGUGAAGGUUCUAGAUAGCAUCUUCGAAUAGAAGCCUGUUUCAUUUACACUGAAAACUCUGCUAUUUAGUGUAGCUGCAUUCAUCUGUUGUUCAGUGUAGCCAUGUUAAUUUAGCGAGAUAACUUCUGGAUAACUUGCUAUAGCUUCUUCAUAAGCACUUGCUGUUCACUUUGUAAUUUUAUGUUAUGUAAAUAGCUUAUUUCCUUAAACCUCAUAACCAGCCUCUGCUACCUUCCAGCUUUUCUUCUGCAGCUUCCUCAACUUUCUCAUCCUUCAUAGAAUUGAAGAGAGUUAGCGUCUUGCUCUGGUUAGGUUUUGGCUUAAAGAAAUAUUUUGGCUUGUUUGAUCUAUCCAGACCAAUAAAACUUUCCAUAUCAGCAAUAAGGCUGUUUUGCUUUUUUUAUCAUUGAUGCAUUCGCUAGAGUAGUACUUUUAAUUUCCUUCAAGAACUUUUCCUUUGCAUUCACAGCCUGGCUGUCAUUGGUGCAAGAGACCCUACCUUUUGGCUUGUAUUGGUUUUCAGCAUGACUUCUUCACUAAGCUUAGUCAUUUCUUGCAUUUCAUUUAAAGUGAGACAUGUGUGGGUUUUCCUUUCACUUGGAUGGCCAUUGUAGGGUUAUUAAUUGGCCUAAUUUCAGUAUUGUUGCAUCUCAGAGAAUACGGAGGCCCAAGGAAGGGGAGAGGGACAGGGGAAUUGCUUGCCAGUCAGUGGAGCAAUCGGAGUACACAUAACAUUUUUGAUUAAGUUUGCAGUCUUAUGUGGAUACCAUUUGUGGUGCUCCAAAACAAUUACAGUAGUAACAUCAAAUAUUACUGAUCACAGAUCACCAUAACAUAUAAUAAUAAUGAAAAAGUUUGAAAUACGAGAAUUACCAGAGUGGAACACAGAGACCUGAAGUGAGCACAUGCUGCUGGAAAAAUGGCAAUGCUGAUAGACUUGCUAGAUACACCAUUGCCAUAAACCUUCAAUUUGUAAAAACUGCAGUAUCUUCGAAGUACAGUAAAGUGAAGUGCAACAAAACGAGGCGUGCCUGUAUAUAUACAAUGGGCCCUCUGUAUGUGGGUUAUGCAUCCAUGGAUUCAACCGACCACACAUCAAAAAUAUUCAGGAAAAAUAAAAAUACAACAAAAAUACAAAUAAAUAUAGUAUAACAACUAUUUAGAUGGAGUUUACAUUGUAUUAGGUAUUUUAAGUAAUCUAGAGAUGAUUUAAAGUAUAUGAGAGGGUGUACAUAGGUUAUAUGCAAAUACUUCACCAUUUCAUGUAAGGGACUUUAGCAUCCCCUGGAGCCCUGGAACCAGUUGCCUAGGAAUACCAAGGUACAGCUGUACACACACAUAUAUAGAAACUUUCUUCAUUUUAAAAAUCGACCUAAUAUGAGGAAGGGAUCGAUCAAUUACCUGAAACGGGCUAUAAAUGAAUACCUUUGAAAAGAUUUAGCCAGCCGUGGUGGCUCAUGCCUGUAAUCCCAGCACUUUGGGAGGCCGAGGAGGGUGGAUCACGAGGUAAUGAGAUCGAGACCAUCCUGGCCAACAUGGUCAAACCCUGUCUCUACUAAAAAUACAAGAAUUAGCCAGGUGUAGAGGCACGUACCUGUAGUCCCAGCUACUCAGGAGGUUGAGGCAGGAGAAUUGCUUGAACCCAGGAGGCGGAGGUUGCAGUAAGCUGAGAUCGCGUCACUGCACUCCAGCCUGCGCGACAGAGUGAGACUCCGUCUCAAAAAAAAAAGAUUAAAAAAUUUUGGUGGAGAUUUUUUUUUAAUGGUUAUAAAACAUUGUUUUAAAGUUGGCACUACUUUAAUUUUGAAAACAUAGAAAAAUUAAUUUGGAAAUAAUACGUGAAAAGUUUCAGGAGGUAACCACACUAUAUUGUAUAAAUGUGCAAUAAUAAUGAUAUGUGGCAUAUACUAAACAGUUAAUAAAUCCUUACAACAGCUAUCUGAGUAUUUUUCCUUUCCUUGUAUUAUAAAUGAUGAAGCUGAGGAAAGCUAGGUAACUUGAUUAAAUACCUGCAGCUAAUAGAAGGGUGAUGCUUCACACUCAGUCUGACUUCAAAGCUAAUGCUCUUAGUCACUUCAUUAUAGUACCUCUACUUUAUGUUAUAUACUUACUUUGAUCUCACAACUUGUAAAAUCUACUAAAAUCAGAUAUAAUUAAAGGAAAUUUUAUGAUGAAUCUUUAACAUACAUCACCAGAUUAAUGAUGACCUACCUGUGUGCAAUUCAGAUAUCUUUGCAGAAACUUCAAGAUAUCACUUAGUUCUUUUUCUUUUCAGGCAGAAGUAUUCCCUAUCAGUUCUUCUUUUCCUUGUAACCUUCUUUAACAUAUAUUUCUAGGAUCUCAUAAUUCAUAUCAUUAGGAAAUUAUGCUUAAUCUCUUUUAAUAACAUAAAUUUCUGUUUACUUGGAGAUGGAAAGUGAUCAUCUUUGAUUUAAGCCUUUCAUCAUUUAAAGAACAGUUUUCAAAUAGAAGGUUAGCCAUUCUAACUUAUUCCAGAAAGUGCUUAAUUGUCCAAAUUUCAGACUUUGAAGGUAACAUAAGAUAUCAUCGGACAGUCUCAGGAAAAAAUGAUGGAAUCUGGCAAAAGGUAUUUUUGCCAUUAUUAUAGACAGUUCUAUGAGCAGAAGUGGUGAGAGUUCUCAGAUGUUUUCCAAGGGGUUUUCUAUUUAAUUUUUUUUAACUUGAAGAGAAAUGAAAGAUUACGUGUCUUCUAAAGGAUCAGCAUUUAAAAAUCAUUUGGAAAAUGUUUUCAGGAGUUAACAGGUUAUACAUUUGAUUAUCAGAAGCCCAGAAUAAGAUAUCAACCUAAAAAAUAUAAUUAAUCUUCCCUCUAUAUAGGCACACAAGCAACAGUAAAAAUUUGUAACCCAAAAAUGUAUUUAUUAAAGAGAUGGAUGUUACCAGUUUAAUUGCUAUUCUGUGUACUUACUUUGUAAUUUUAAGGCUGCUUUCUUUCUCUUUGACUUUUUGGUUGCUUUUUAUGUACUUUCUAAAAUAUUAGUUUAAGUUCUGAACCCCCUUGUCCUAUCUGAAGUAGCGUGUGUUUUUCUUAAAUACAUAACUAAAGUGGGGAAGCUGCCUUUUAAAGAAGUUCUUUUUUUUUUUUUCUUUUUUUUUUAUGAGACGGAGUCUUGCUCUGUUACCCAGACUGGGCUGGAGUGCAGUGGCAUGGAUUCGGCUUACUGCAACCUCCACCUCCCGAGUUCAAGCGAUUGUCUUGCCUCAGCCUCCUGAGUAGCUGAGAUUACAGGCGCCUGCCACCAUGUCCAGCUAAUUUUUGUAUUUUUAGUAGAGACGGGUUUUCACAGUGUUGGCCAGGGUGGUCUCCAACUCCUGACCUCGAGGGAACCGCUCACCUUGGCCUCCCGAAGUGCUGGGAUUACAGGCAUGAGCCACCGCGUCAGGCCUUAAAGAAAUUAUUUGUUGAAAUUUUAAAGCAAAGAAUCUCUCUGUAAUGUGAAUGAUCAUUAAAAACUGUGGAUUUCUUUUCUUUCUUUUUUUUUUUUUUUUUUUUUUUUUGAGAUAAGGUCUUGCCCAAGCUGGAGUGCAGUGGUGCAAUGAUGAGCCCUCCUGGGCUCAGUCGCUUCUCGUGCCUCAGCCUCCUGAGUACCUGGGACGACAGCAAUCAUCACCAUGCCCAGCUAAUCUAUUUUUUUUUAGAGAUAGGGUCUCACUAAGUUGCCUAAGCUGGUCUCAAACUCCUGGGCUCAAGGAUUUCAUAAUUCAUAUUGCUAUGAAAUUAUACUUAAAGUAUUUUAUUUGAUAACCUAAACUUUCUGUUUGCCUGGAGAUGGAAAGUGAUCAUCUUUCACUCAAGAUUUUGAAGAACGGUUUCCAUAUAGAAGAUUAGCCAGUCUAACUUAUUUCAGAAAGUGCUUAAUUGUCCAAAUAUUGAUCCUUCUGCCUUGGCCUCCCAAAGUGCUGGGAUUACAGGCUUGAGCCACCAUGCCUGGCUUCGGGGAUUUCUUAAGGAUAGAUAGAAUUACUGUUUACUGGUAGCUGCCUUUAGGUGUCCUCAUCUUUUUCAGUUUUGGUUUGGAUUUCUGCUUCAGUUCUCCCUCAGUAAGCAUGACCUGACUCUUUGUGUGUGACCAUGAAAAAGAACAGUGAAGCUAAGAGAAGACUGGCCAAAUUGUUGGUCUCAGGUCAUUCAGCAUUUUAAUGGAGUGGAUCUCACAACUCUUCAGUUCUUAAUGUCAUAAUUGCUGAACUUUUUCUUUACAUUACUGAACAAAAUAAAAAUUUUAAAGGAGGUACAAUCAUUUUUAGACUUCAGAUAAGAAAGUGACUUCUGUUUUAGCAUAUUCAGUUCAUAAAUUGAAUGCUAAUUGUGCUUGGUGCUAGGAAUCAAAAUUAUUAAGAAGCUUUCAGAGCAGGAGCUAUUAAACAGUGACGUACUUAUUUGAUCUACAUUAUACCUUUUGUUUGAUUUGCCAGAAAAUAAUAUUUAAAUUUUAUAAUUUUAAAUAUUGUUGCCCUGAGUUCAGUUGUAUACCUAACGAAUUAAAGGGGAAUAGAGGCACUGCAUCUGUUCUUCCUGCUGUCUUUAGUCUUUACUAAUUGAGGUUUCUUUCCUACCCCCUCCACUUUUAGACAAUUAAAAUUUCUACUUGAAUUUUAAAAUAUAAUUAAUACUACAGCUGUUAGAAAUGUAAGGGGAAGGUCCCACGUUGAGGAGUAUCAACUGUAUGAAUUUGGUUGGAAUAGAAUUUUUAUUCUGAGAGAAAGGUAAUCACUUCAUAGUAGUUAACAAUUAUUGAUAGAAUUUUAGGUAAUGGAACAAGGGAGGAGAUAUUUUUGUUUUCUUGCUCCUUUGUUUUUAUUCAUAUUUUGGGAGCACUAGCAUUAAAUGAUGCACUAUGCUAUUUUUCUACCACCAUUAUUUAGAGAGUCUCCAUUUUUUAACUUGGCAUUAUUUAGAUGUCUUUAAUUACAUUAGUAUCUAUAAGCCAAGGGUUGAGGUAGUUUGGAAUCUUAAUCAUAGUUGUCAUUCUGCUGCCUUAACUAAUUGCUUUUUUUUUUUUUUUU